UGCAACAAAAAAGAAAAGAAAACAUUUUUCAUUUUUUCUAUAUAUUUUUUUGAAGAAUAUGUCGCAGUUUAAGUAAAAAGCUAUAAUUAUCUGAAAAAUAUCGGGUGUACUAUUAUUGGAAAUUAAUUAAAUUAAAAAUGUCAAAAAAAAUGUCUCGCUACCCAAGCGAUCGAAAAGUGUAUAUCGGCGAUUUGGGUAACAAUGCUCGAAAAAAUGAGUUGGAACAUGUUUUCAGUGCGUACGGUGCGUUGCGCAGCGUGUGGAUAGCUCGGUCACCGCCGGGUUUUGCUUUUGUGGAAUAUGAAGAUGCCCGUGAUGCAGCUGAUGCGGUUAGAGGUUUAGAUGGCCGCACUAUAUGUGGGCGACGGGCCAGAGUUGAAUUAUCUACAGGUAAAAGCACCCGUGGCGAACGCCGGGGAGGAGGCGUAGAUGGGCGUACUAUAUGUGGCCGACGGGCUCGAGUUGAAGUAUCUACAGGUAAAAGUACUCGAGGUGGCAAUGGUGAAAACAAAUGCUAUGAGUGCGGUGAUAGAGGCCAUUAUGCUCGAGAAUGUCGCAGACAUGGUCGUCCCAAAAGACGUUACUCGCGCAGUCGUUCCCGCAGCGCCUCAAGAGGUCGCAACAGGUCAUCGCACUCACGUUCGGUAUCACGUUCUCAUAGCCGUAGCCGUUCUGCUUCCGCUUCAAGAGAAGUACGCAAAACCACCCGAGAUAUUUAUGGCCGAGGUAGAGAGAAUGGACGUGAGAAUGGCGAUGCACGCUACAGCGAAGACGAGCGCAAUGGCGGUGGCCAUUCAGCUUCACCCAGACGCCGUUAUGCAGAUGACUCACCUUCACCAAAACGUAGUUCUCACUCGAAACGAGUGCGAUCCGAAUCGCGUCGACAUGGCGGUGGAGGAGGUUCUUCCAUUUCGCGUUCUCGCUCAACUUCUCAUCGAGAUUAGCAGAAAACUGACAAAAGCUUUUUAGCAGCUUAUGUGUAGUAAAAAAAAUUUUUUUUAACCGAUCUUUUACCAUGACUUCACGCAUACAUUAAUAAUAAUAGGAGCAGCCAUUCAUAUGUCGUCAGCUACUCCCUUUAAAACUUUUAAGAUAAAAAUUAUGCGAAUAUUCAAUAAUUCUCAAACAACUGUUCAUUGUAUUUAAGUAUUAUAACUUUUCGUUUGGUCUUUUCCUAGCUAGAAAGAGAGAUGGAAGGAAACAAGACAUCUGAAAUUAAAACAAUUUUCCAAUGAAUGCAAUUUUUUCCUUCAAUUCAUUAUCGAAAGAUUUUGUUUCUCGUUUUCGGAAGUAACUAUUCUGACUUUGUAUAAUCGUGAUCGCUUAUGUUUUUAGUACUGCGACCCACUAACUCGAUUUCCAAAAGCUCACAAACGAAUUAACUGCAAACACACCAGAGAAAUGAUAGACUAAGGGUACCUUUAAGCCUUGCAAUAUUCCCUAAAGGGAAAUAAGAGAUUUUGUAAUUCGAAAAUUUUGGUUUGCAUACCCAUUGUAAGCAAAAGCUCGAGAUUUAUGGGAUCAGUAGAGUUAUAGUGCAAGAUUUUAAAUAAGAUCAUCCAAAUAUUUUUUGUAUUUUACAAAAAUUUAAUUUCUAAGCAAUGAGAAAUGUUAGGGAAAAAAUUGCGAUGAGAAUGUUUUCCGUUUUCAGCUACUAACAAGAAAUGCCAUAAGACUUGAUACUCGCCAACGUUUGCAAUACCCACAAAGUGCACACAUAUUUUCGAUCGUCGUGCGAAUUUAAAUAAAUUGACUUUGGUCAACUGUUGGCAUUAUCCAAAUCUUAGAUGUGAGAUCGAUUCAUAAACUUAAAGUGCAAUAACAUCAAAAUGCUGCAUAUUGUCUUCGGAACUGGAUCUGCACAAGUUCGGUUUGCGAAACUACACAAGAUCUGAUUGCCAGAAAAGGUUAAGCGAGCUUUCUAUGUCUUCGCCUUGCCAGUUUUAUUUCGCAUUAUUAACGGGACGUAAAAGAUUGCUUGGAAAUUGUUUAAAUAAAAAAAGAAAACAAAAAAAAAAAAA